AUGCCUACAACACGUUCACCUAUACGUGAAUCUAUUGGAGAUUCAAGUUCUGGUAGUUCUCAAGAGAGGUCCGUCUUGGAUCAACCACAUGACAAUGUAAAUGUUCCAGAAAUUUCUGCAGCGACUGCAAACGUACAGAAGUUGCCUCAUUUCUGGUCGGAGCAACCCCAUUUAUGGUUUAUCCAAAUCGAAAGCAUUUUCUCCCUAGCUCAUAUAACAAGAGAUGAAACUAAAUUUACCCAUGUAAUUGCGAAUUUAGAUCCAACAUAUCUUAAGUUUGUGGGAGAUAUUUUGGUAUCACCACCGCAAAUCGGAAAAUACAACGCAAUCAAAGAGCGACUUAUCUCAUCAUUUGCUGUUUCUGAAGAGGCAAAACUUAAGAAUCUUUUUGGUGGUUUAGUAAUUGGUGACCAAAAACCGUCACAUUUUUUGCAGUCAAUGAAGGCUCUUGCAGCUGGUAAUAAUAUAGGGGACAAUGUCCUUAAAACAUUAUUUUUAGAUCAACUGCCAGACAACAUACGCUCAAUUCUGGUUACAAGCAACGCAGAUUUACCAACUAUUGCACAACAGGCGGAUAAGAUAAUGGAUAUAGCAUAUCCUCAGGUAUCUGCAAUAUCACCUACAGACAACAUUAUUCAAGAAAUUUCAGCUAAAAUUGAAGCUUUGGAAAAGAAAAUUGAUUUAUCUUCCAGGAGAAGAAGUAAUUUUCGUGAAGACAGUAACCAACGACGUCGCAGCAAAAGCCGUAAUAGACGAAGUGGUUGGUGUUGGUAUCAUAGUCGCUUUGAAGAUAGAGCCGAAAAAUGUAUACCACCAUGCUCUUAUAAUCAACAAUCAAAAAACUAG